GGGGGCGAUGCCACCUGUCCCAAGGACACCGUCCCCUUCCUGCUGGAGACCACGGACAGGCGCUUCCUCCUGGCUGCUGACAGCGCUGAGGCGGCCGACUGGAUCCAGAGGCUGUGCGAGCUGGCAUUCCCGAGGAGCAGGGAGGAGCAGGCAGCGGGCAGGGACGGCCCUCAAAGCUCGCUGGGCACUGAUGGAGAGUUCUCCAUGGAGGAAAACUCCCUGUACAGCUCCCGGGGCAAAGCCGGCCUGGAGCAGGAGUUCGAGGUGACAGUGAGGGCCACGCAGUCGUCGCAGCGCUGCCGGCUCUGGGGCCGCUGCAUCCUGCGGGCCGGGGAGGAGGCGCUGGAGCUGCGGCACCUCCAGAGCUCGGAGCUGCUCUACAGCUGGCCCUACCGCUUCCUCCGGCGCUUCGGGAGGGACAAGGUGACGUUCUCCUUCGAGGCCGGCCGGCGCUGCACCUCCGGGGAGGGCAACUUCGAGUUCGACACCCGCCAGGGCAACGAGAUCUUCCAGGCCAUCGAGUCGGCCAUCAACGCCCACCGGGGCCGGGGGGGCCCUGGGGAAGAAGCCCCCCGGCCCCUCGGCCACUCCAGGUCGCCCAGCUGGGCGCAGGGGCACGAGGAGCCCGGCGGCCCCAAGGAGCCCGCCCGUGAGGGGAAGGUGCCCAAAGCCAAGCCCCCCGUGGUGAUCAAAAACAUGGAAACAGCUCCUGGACUUCACUUCCGAACCCUACUGGAAGCAGGCAGCCAGGAUAAGGAGGGAUCGCUGGGAAUGGCACCAUAA